AUGCAGGAGAAGAACAGCAAGACGGCCCAGCUUACAAAGGAAAACAAGAAGCUGCAAACAAAGUGCGAUCGCGUCACCGAUGAGCUUCAGCAGCAACGUCAGCGUGCCGGCAAGCGUCUGAAUGACAUCAAGAACAAGAAGGCCGAGGUCAAAAAGGCUCAAGCAGAACUCGCCACUCUCAAAAAGAAAUACGCCGAGCUGGAAUCUGCACCGGAAACUGCUCGCGAUAAGGUCCAACGCCAGCGGGAGAUCAUCGAGGAGGCAGAGAAGGACGAGGCCGAUUGUCAAAGGCGAUUGGAGGAGAAUCAGGACGACUACUUGGAGCGCACUGCCAAGGAUCGAAAAGAAAAGACGACGCUAGAAGAAGAACUCGGAGUCGCUGAACAAAAAGUCACCGAACUGGAUGGGAAGACCGGGCGAUAUCGUGUCGAGCUGCAGGGUCUCACUGAUGGUGUCGAACGCAGCAAGCAGCAGUACGAGCAGACGAAAGCCAAGAAAGAAGAGCAAGAGGCGCUGGUCAAAAGAAAGACGGAGGAACUGGAAGAAGUGCAGCAACAGCUCCCUAACGCCGAGGCCAAGCUCACCGAGAAGCGGAAGCGCCAUCAGGAGCUGAAGGCGGAGGAGGACGUCGUCAACCGCGAGUUCAACAAGCUGCGCAAUCAGCGCUACGAGGAACAGCAGCGAUUCCAGCGGGGCGCAACGGGCAGUAAGAUGAUGCAGCGUCUGAUGGCGUUGAAGGCGAACGGCACGUUGCCUGGCGUCAUCGCUCGAUUGGGUGAUCUCGGCGGCAUCGACCAGGGUACGACAUUGCCGUUUCCACCGCUUCCGGUGCCUGGGAUAACGUCGUCGUUGAAGAUGUUGCCCGACGUCGAACUUAAAGUCUUUCAAAUCUGCCGUGAAGAGAAGCUGGGCGUCGUCCAUUGUAUCUGCUUGGACAAGAUCCAGCAUUUGACGCAACGGAUGCUGAGCAGCAGCCCGCUGCUGAACAACUACACCAAGAGCUUGAAAGACGCCGAGGCCCGGAUGAAGCAGAUUGAGAAUGACGUCGACGCGACCAAGGUUGAGGAGCUCGAGCGAAAGAUGGCCAAGGCGAAGAAAGAGCACGCCGACGCUGUUGAAAUUGCUGACAAAUGCCGAGCUAAGGUCAAGGCAGUUGAUGCGCGCAUCAAUGCCGUCAGGGCCGAUCUGCUUACGCGUUGGGAAGAUGAUCGCAACGAGGCGCAAAAGAAACGAACUGACGCCGAGGCGACCAUUGCCAAGGAGAACGCCGCUCUCAACCGUGUCGACACCAACAUCAAAAAGAAUCUGACACGUCAAAAAGAGACCGAGGCCGACAUUGCGCAGCGUGAGGGCGAGAUUGAGGUGCUGGAGAAGGAGAAGGACCAAGGCGGCGACGACGAGGAGGAGCUGAAUCAGCAGAAAAAAGAGUUUGAGGACCGCAUGAAAGAGAUCGCCGAGGAACUGAAGGAGUUGAACGCCAAAAACGACGAGCAGAAUCGGCGGGAGGUCGAACUCGGCACCCGAAUCAAGGACCUCAGCGGCGAGGUGCAGGUCAUCAAGGCCGAAAUUGCGCAGGCGCAGAAGCAGAUCAAGCAGACGGAGGAGAACCGCGCCAAACUGCCCACCCACGACAUCACCGGCCUCGGCAUCGACCAGUCAAAGAUGGACAUUGAUGGUGAUGACUUGGUGAAGAAACGGAAAUUCUUGCAACGAUACACGGCCGAGGUGCACAUGGUGGAGCAGAUUCGCUCGGUGGUCGUCAAGUUCAAGUCGAAAUACCAGGAGCUGAACACGUGCCGGCUGACCGGAGUUCACAAGGAGCACCAACGCAUCAUCAAGGAGUACGUCGAGCAGAUCGUGCGCCCACCUAAAAAGACGUGGAAGAAGAUCCAGAACUGUCGGGUGGCGAGCACACCUUCUCAUCGCUCGCCCUCGUUUUUGGCUCUCCACAAAUUCAGGCCUACCCCCCUCUACUUCAUGGACGAGAUUGACGCUGCGCUCGAUUUCCGCAACGUCUCCAUCAUUGAGCACUAUGUCAAGUCGGUAUCUGCAAGGUCGACGACAAGACGCGGACAUUGUCGUCGGCCGAGCGGCGUCUACGAGAAGGCCAGCAUCAAGCAGAAAGUUGUACAACGGGUGGCCGGCAAGGAGUCCGCGCCGACGGUCCGCAACAAU